AUGGAUGUCGUGCUGGAUGUUCCACGGUCCCAGUCCCAGCUGUCUGUCUCGCUCUGCCCAGGAGAGGUGGACCUCUGUGGGGGAGACGAGCAGAUCCUUCCCCUGUGCUAUGGAGACCUCCAGGUCUGUAGUGAUGGUGGGGAGAGUGGAGCAGGAGAGGGGGGAAAAGGGGGCUGUUGUCUUGAUGGCAGGGUGGAGGGGGAGCCAGCGAGUGAUGUAUUUCAGCACACAGAGAAGAGGUGGAGAUAUGAGCUCCUAAAACAGACCAGUCAGUCAAUGGCCAAGCAUAUCGUGGCCCAGGCGGAGCAAACGGAGAGGCAGAUAAAGCAGGACUUUGAGGAGCUCCGUCGCUUCCUCAGGGAGGAGGAGGAGGCACGCAUUGCUGCCCUGAGGGAGGAGGAGCAGAGGAAGAGCAGCGACGUGGAGGAGGCAAGGGACACCUUAGGCCAACUCAAGCAGGCGCUGGCUGACACCAUCACAGACAUAGAGGGCGAACUGGAGAAGGAUGACGUUUCAUUCCUGCAGAACUAUGAAACAACCAUUAAAAGAACAUGGAAAGACCUGAAGAAUCCAAAGAAAAACAUCAACUGUCUGAUUGAGGUGCCCAAACACAUGGGCAACCUGCGGUUCAGAGUCUGGAAGAAAAUGCAGUGCAUCUGUCCAUACACUCCAGUCACUGUGGACCCAAACACAGCCUCCUGUAGCCUGAUGGUCUCUGACUCUCUUGACGCUGUCAACAGCAGCAGCACUCUGGACACUGCCCCCUACCUCCCGAAGCCUGCUGAGCUGCCACCUUUAGUACCAGAGCGAUUCCACCCCUACGCUCUGGGCUCAGAGACUGUGUCCUCCUCCACUGACCUCCACCAAUGGGAAAGCAAGGAGGGUGUAUCCUCAACUGGGCUGCACCAAUCUCAUGCGGAACAGACCAAUUCCUCCUACAACCUCAACCAACAGGACAUGGAGGACACCAAGUCCUCCUCUGACCUGAGCCAAUGGGACGUGAAAGUAGGUGGGUCCUCGGCCGGCCUCCUACAAUGGGACGUUGAGGUGGGCGGGAGCGACAACUGGACGCUGGGCGUGUGCUACGCGUCAGUCAGGCGGUGGGCGGAGUUCGAGGCGUGUCCGGAGGAGGGUCUGUGGACCCUCAGCCUACGGGACGGCUCCCUGAUGGCCAUGACCUCACCGUGCCAGGAGGUGCUGAUGACGUCACAAUCGUCGCCAUGCCAACAGGAUCAGGGUCAACGUAACCAAGAACAAUGUGAUGGGGAGGUCUUGGGGACAUCAUCGGCAGACCAUUCGUCACCAUCACUGGAGGCAGGUGACCGUCACCAGAUGUCAACGUCACCACCACCAACAACACCAAUGUCACCGUCAUCACUGCGGGUUGUCAGGGUGAUGGCGGACUGGAAUGGGGGUCAGGUGACAUUCCGAGAUGCGGAGAGGGACACACACCUGUUCACCUUCAAGCAUGCAUUCACCGAGCCCCUGCACCCGUACUUUGAGACCAUCUGCAAGGACAAGGCACUGGUGGUCAGGCCGCAGAGAGUGUAUGUGAAUGUGGAGAAGCUACAACCGCCAGAUGAGAGUUUGAGUUUGUGA